UUUGAUGAUCAAGUCACAUCGGAAGAGUUGAUCAUCAAGAUCGUCGUGUUUUGAAAAUUUCCCCUCAAAUCACUCAAGAUGGUAAGAACAAAAGCUGAUGGCGGUGGGAGGAAAGCUGUGGCAGCUAAGGCUCCACGUAAGCAAGUUGGUGGUGGAUCAUCAGACAGUGCUGGAUCAAUGAUGUCCCCUGGUAAAAAUUCUGGAGGUUGUAAUGGUGGAAACCCAAUAAGAUGGUGGCCAACUCCUGACUGGCAAAAAGGUGUUGGAGACUUUUUUCCAAAGGUUGAUAACAGCAAAAAAAGCAGCCAAACAUCAGAGAACUCUUCAUCAGAGUCAUCCACAAGCAAUACGAGCAGUGAUACUGAUCAGCCUGGUGUUUCUAACAAAGAACUGGGACUUGAAAAGCAUUAAAGUGAUAACGGAGUAGAAUUUGUACAA